AAUAGUUCUUUUCCAGAAAUUUCUUCAGUCCAUAACUAAACUAAAACUAAUACUAGGCCUAAUUAUUAUUAUUUAGGAAAAGGAAAGGAAAAGACGUAUCGGUAUAAUUUUGAGGUUAAGUGGGUUUGUUUGUUUUAUAUUAAAUCAAAAAUUGAUUAAAUGGAUUUAUUACUGGGUAUUUUAGCUCACUAUUUUAGAAUUAGAAUCACUACAGGUAGAAUGUCCAGAUAACAAGUACAGUAAUAAACUUUUUGUUUUAACAACUUCCAAUAAUGUUUUAGUUUAGGCCUAUUUUAUAACUUAUGCUGUGGUAGGCCGAAUUGACUAAAGUGCAAUAUGAAUUUAGAAUUGUUGGAAUCAUUUGGCCAGAACUAUCCAGAGGAGUUUGAUGGGGCUCUAGACUGUAUCUCUCUAGCCGUGACCUGCGCCUUCAACAAACGGGGCACUCUGUUAGCUGUUGGCUGCAAUGACGGUCGUAUUGUCGUCUGGGACUUUCUUACAAGGGGAAUUGCAAAGAUCAUUAGUGCACACAUGCAUCCUGUAUGCUCACUUAGUUGGUCUAGGAACGGUUUCAAACUUCUCAGUGCCUCGACAGACAACAAUGUUUGUAUAUGGGAUGUGCUCACGGGAGAGUGUGAACAAAAAUACCGUUUCCCUUCACCAAUCCUGAAAGUGCAGUUCCAUCCUAGGAAUGAUAAAGUGUUUCUUGUCUGCCCGAUGAGACAUGCGGCUGUAUUGGUAGACACAGACGGCGAUCACAAAAUCGUUCCCUUAGAUGAAGAUACAGACUUAACGAUAGUAGCCUCAUUUGACCGGAGAGGGCUGUACAUAUACACAGGCAACACCAAAGGCAAGAUUCUCUUGAUGAGUUGUCCAGAUCUUGAGCUGAAAGCCUCGUUCAAAGUUACGACCAGUGCAACAGCAGUGAGAAGCAUAGAGUUUGCGCGAAGAGGAGACUGUUUUCUCGUCAACACAGCUGACAGAGUGAUCAGGGUGUACAACUCAGAGGAGGUUAUAGCUUGCGGCGUUGAUGGAGAACCAGAACCCAUUCAGAAACUGCAGGAUCUCGUCAAUAAGAUGAUGUGGAAAAAGUGUUGUUUCUCUGGUGACGGUGAAUACGUGUGCGCUGGCUCCGCUCGUCAACAUGCCCUCUACAUUUGGGAGAAGAGCAUCGGAAAUCUAGUGAAGAUUCUCCAUGGCACUAAAGGAGAAUUAUUACUGGAUGUUGUUUGGCACCCGGUGCGUCCGAUCAUUGCCUCCAUCUCUAGUGGCGUUGUGUCGGUGUGGGCGCAGAACCAGGUGGAGAAUUGGUCUGCGUUUGCGCCAGACUUCAAGGAACUGGACGAGAAUGUAGAGUACGAAGAGAGAGAGAGCGAGUUUGAUCUGAGUGACGAGGAUAGAAGCGUGAAGGAGGAUGAUGAGAAGGAAGACGAGGAUUUAGAGGUGGACGUGUGCUCUGUGGAUCCUGUCCCUGCGUUUUGCAGCUCAGACGAGGAGACUGAGGACACGGAGGUUUUGCAGUUUCUACCAAUCGCUCCCGAGGUCGAGGACCCAGAGGAGGGUCCGACACUACCUCCCCCUCCACCCUCUCUACCCCCCACCAGCUCACCCCCCUCCAAACGGCCAAGAUACCAGGCCUUCGAGAUCAACCUGCAAAACGCACCUGUUGAUGAACCACAUCCCCUGCUCAGUAACCGACCAGGAAAGGAAAAGCCAUUUCCAAGUAGCAAGAAAGGAAGUUCGAAGCGGUUCCCUAAAUGAGAUGACAUUUACCCACGCCUUUAAAGACGUGGAAGAAGCUUAUCAACUGACGAUAAACUUUUCUGCUUUAUGCAAAACAAAGUUGCAUGUGAGAACAUUUUCCUUUUAAGAAGUGGUUUACCUAGAGAAUCUUGUGAAUAUUUUUCAAAGAGUAGUUAUUUGCUGCAGGCUGUUUUUACUAUUUAUUUUAUUUUGUUAAAAUCAUGAUCAUCGUAUUUGUUAUAGUUUUCUAUUGAAUAUUAAAUCAGAGCAGUGCAUCCAAGCUGCUUUAAAUUUGCUUUGUGAUUAUUUAUUGCUAUUAUUUUUAGUUUGAUUUUACAAUGUUAUUUUUUAAGCUUUACGAUUAAUUUUACAUGUAAUUAAAUUGGUGUUGCCAAGAAUCCUUUUUUGUUUGAAUUAGUAAAAUUGUGUACAUUUUUAUUCUGAUCAUACAAAAUCAUUGAUUAUUCAUUGUUGGAUUUUUAUCACAAAG